AUGAUUUAUGAUGAUGAAUGUGUGGAGGAAAGUGGUCAAAUUGGGAUAUGUGGAAAGAAUGCAACCUGUCACAACACAUACGGCAGCUACUACUGCCAGUGUGUUGAUGGUUACGAGUCAACAACAAAGACUGUGAAUUUCACCGCUGACAAAGGGGAAUGUCAAGAUAUCAACGAGUGUCUCCAAGACAACAUCUGUGGACCUAAUGCUAAAUGUACGAACGCAUUUCCAAAUUACUCCUGCUCUUGUAACACUGGAUUUAUCUCCUCUACUGGAGUGGAAACUUUUCGGCAGGGUGACAACGUUACAUGCAAAGAUAUUGAUGAGUGUCUAGAGGAAAAUGAUUGUGGGCAGAAUGCAAAAUGCAUCAACACACUGGGCAGUUAUUACUGUGUCUGCAAUAACGGCUUUGGACUGAAAUCCGGAAAACUCAACUUCACUGGGACACAGGAGCAAUGCGAAGACAUAUGUAUGAUUGAUAAAACAAUCUGUGGAAAUGAAACCUGUCACCGUGGAGCCAGCAGCUAUUACUGUGAAUGCCGUGCAGGGUUCACUAACUAUGGCAAAAAGGAGUACCCUACUAAGUUAAUGUGUGAUGCAUUCAAAGAAAUGGAUGAUGUGAAACUCCAGACAUUUCAAACUGCAUGUGAUCUUCUGAUACAGUUGAAAAACAGCUGUCUGGCGCUUACAGAGAGUGAGAAUUCACCAUCUCACUUGGAUGGAUAUGAUCUACUUGAGAGACUGUUGUCUGCAAUCGACGACCUCUUGUCUGGUGGAGCCUUCAACGACAACAAGAAAAUCUCUACUUUUCUGGACAUAGUGGAAAGUGCUCUAAGACUGAUCGGACCUUUUAUAAAGCCCCCCAGGAAAACAAGACUCUCCAAUUACACAGAUCUGGAGCUGUUGGUACGUAAUCUACCAUUACCCAAGGGACCAGUGUCUUUAUCAUCAUCGUCUAAUCAAACCCGUGUGGGUAUGCAGUGGGAGACAGUUGCAGGAGAUCCCUCCCGUUACCCAGGCUUUGCAGUAGUGUCCUUGCUGAGCUAUGCAAACCUGAAUGACUCUGCAAAUGGCUUUUUUCAAGGGGUCAAACGAGAAAAAGGCAUAAAAGACUUUAAGAUCAACUCCAAAAUCAUAACUGUCACUGUCAGUAACACAAACACAAGCCACCUAGAAGAGCCAGUCCAAAUAACUUUCCACCACCUGAAUCAGGCAGAUAAAAAUAACCACACCUGUGUUUUCUGGGAUUCCUCAUUGGAUAAAGGCGCAUGGUCUGAUAGAGGUUGCUAUGUGAAGGAAUCCAACCUUGAAUACACUGUGUGUUCCUGCCACCAUCUGAGCAGCUUUGCCGUGCUUAUGGCUCUCUAUGAGAUUGAGAACAAGUUUGAGUUGCAGCUGAUCACCUGGGUGGGUCUGUCCCUUUCACUAGUUUGCCUGUUCAUCUGCAUCCUGACGUUCUCACUCAUCCGCUCCAUCAAGAGCCCAAGAACCACCAUCCACCUGCACCUCUGCAUCACCCUAUUCAUUUCCAACCUCAUCUUCCUUGCCGGCAUCUCUCAGACAGAGAACAAGGUUGGCUGUGCAGUGGUAGCAGGGCUGCUGCACUUCUUUUGCCUGGCAGCAUUUUGCUGGAUGUGUCUGGAGGGAAUACAACUCUUCAGGAUGGUAGUCCUGGUAUUUAACACCAACUUCAAAACCCUCUAUAUGAUGGCAGGUGGCUAUGGAGUCCCAGCUGUUAUUGUUGCUAUCUCUGCGUUGUCCAAUGCCAAAGGAUAUGGCACUGAGAAACAUUGCUGGUUAGACCUGACAUUAAUUUGGGCUUUUUUUGGCCCUGUCUGUGUCAUCAUUGUUGUAAACAUUGUCUUCUUUCUCAUCACUGUGUGGAAGUUGGCACAGAAGUUCUCAAGUUUAAAUCCUGAUCUGCACAGCCUGCAGAAAAUAAAGGCGUUCAUCAUUACUGCAGUGGCUCAGCUCUGUGUUCUGGGCAUCAUGUGGAUCUUUGGUUCUUUCCAGUUUGACAAGGGCACCAUAGUCAUGUCUUACUUGUUCACCAUCUUUGGCAGUUUUCAGGGGGUUCUGCUCUUCGUCAUGCACUGUCUGUUUUGUAAACAGGUGAGAGAUGAGUAUGGAAACAUCCUGUCCAAAUUAUGUACACCUCAAAAGAAGAGAUAUUCAGAGUUCAGUCACUCCAGCAAAGCUCCGGCAUCCAAGAGCUCCCAGGACACAGGGGAGUCUCGUAUCUGAGGAGCUAAACGGCGACUUGUAAGCAAAGUCUGCCAUUUCAGGCACACAGUGAACUGCUGUCCUGCUGUUCUGUUAAAUGCUAUAAACAUAGUCAUUCUUUGCUGUGCCUAUAUAAGCUACUGAAAUGAAACUGUUGCUCAUUGCAAUUUCAAAAACCUUAAGGAUUUCAUUUAAAACAAGAAAAUCGGAUGUGCAAUUUGACAGCAUAAUACAGAUUAUUAUGUCAUUAUUAUUAUUAUUAUUAUGCAAAGCUUGUAACAUGACCCAUAACAUAACAUAACUUUUUUUAUUUUAUUAUUUUUUUAUUUUUUUAUUUAUUUCAUUUUGGAAAAAGAAACCUCCAAAUGUUUGUUUUUUUCAACAUUUUAAAAUUUAACCAACUUUGGACAAAAAUAUGAAAGUCAUAAAUGAUAUUAUGAGGACCUGUUUUAUCAGGUAAAUCUAAUAUUGCUUGUUGUGUCAUCCAGGUACUUUAUACAAUCAGCAGAGACAAUCUGAAAGAUGAGUUGUCUGAGGCAAGCACUUUUUAUUGUAUAACCUUUCACCAUGUCCUAACAGUAUCUGAACCUGAGUAUCGGAACCAACAAAAAAGGGGGCAGUUAUGAGACGGAUUUUAAAUGCAUAUUUGUGUAUAUAUUGCUAUGCAAUUCAAUAUAUAUUAAUAAGUGACUGCAUUUCUGCUCAAUUUAUUGUAUUGUAACAUUUGAAAUGUGUAUAUAUAGAGGGGUUUUUAUUGAAGUACUGUAAGUUCAGAUCAUAAAUGUCUCAAAACUGGACUUUUUAUCCAUUUAAGUA